CAAUUACUCAAGAUACCCACACUCAUCUUCUCUAUUUUACCGACACUCCUACUUAUCAUCAUGGAGAUCACCAAGUUGCAAGAGGACAUUGCCGUUGAGGAAGCCUGGAAAGAUCCCGCCAAGCGAAAGCAGAUUCAGGAUGAGCAGUAUCUCGCCAGCCGCGUCAGUCACACCGGACAGGUCGGCCGCGACAAGUACUCAUGGAUGAUCACUGGCCGCAAGCAACUGGCGUCGUCAAUUCCAUACUUCCAGACCGAUCCAGAGAAGUAUCACCACCAAACCAAUAAGGAGAUGUACAAAUGCCAACAUCAGUCAGACGUCAACAUGGGAAAAUGCAACAGGUCCACCUGCAAACACCCCUGUUGCGUAAGGGGCGUAACUAGGGAUCGCUGUCUCGCUUGGAUUUCGGAGAAAGAAGAGAAUCUUAAGCGGGCCGACCCGUCAUAUCAGUCCACCAAUGGGGUCCUGAAGGGGCUUUCUGCGGCAACCCUGAAUACCCUUCCCAAGGCCACCAUCGAUCUGUUGGGGAAGGCGCCUCCGAAGAAAGAACAGAAGACAACCGGUAAGAAAACCGGUAAAAAAGCCGCAAAAUCUCCUCCUCCAGCUACCGAAAAAGCUCCACGAAAAAAGAGCCAGAAGAAGUCUAGACCUAAUGUGGAAGCCACUUCGUCCACAACUCCCAUUCCCUUUUCUCUCCCAACCCCACCAGAGAGCACAAAGUCAGAUGACGGCACACAGCCGGAUGACUACGAAUCGGAUUCGGAAGAGGAAAAGCCGCACCAAUUUUCCUUCGCCAAAUUCGAGAUAGUGGAGCCCGAUAGUGCUGGGGGUUAUAGGCCUUACAAACCUGUCUCGAAAUACAAGCGCACCUGCGAUGAUACUAUCGAUCCCAAAGCCAAAAGGCAGCGAAAGGAGCCUAUUUCGCUGAUGAGGUAUUGUGAAGAAGAACUUGCUUCUGAGGCUGAGGAACUGAGGGCGGAUACGAGGGAAGAUUCUGCUGUAGUUCUUGAAGAGACAAUUGACGCGGAUGCAAUGUUCGCUCAACUCGAGGCAGAUAACAGGGAGCAGGAUCUGGAGGAGGAAGAGGAGGAGGAAGAAAACUCUGAUGGUGAGGGAUGGGAUGAGGAUGCAAUUGCCGCGAUGUUUGCUGACGGAGGGGGAGAGUGA